AUGGAUAUAAGAAAGCUUAAAGAGGGAGAAAUUCUCAAAUAUUCGAGUGGAUUUCUCGGACUAACUAGUAAAUGGAAGAAGUUUCAUGGAGUUUUGUUCUCAGAUAGUCGGUUUUGUUGGUAUGAAGAGAAGGGAAGCAAUAAACCUAAGGGCUCUGUCCUUCUCAGAGAUGUUGUACCUUAUAUUUGUGUCGGACUUAUGACUGAUCGAAUGCCAGUGAAAAGACCUAACUUACCCCAUGGUUCUUCCGUGCAUCAUCUUGUAGGAAUAGGCACUGACCCGAGAGCUGAUAACGUGUAUUGGAUUUUGUUUUCCUCUGACUCUGACAUUGAGUCCUGGUUCUUAGAAAUUACCAAAACUUUACCAAAACCUAAUCCACCUCCUCAACCUGCGCAACCUUCAGCUCCAUCCGAUGGAUCUUUCGUCCCCCCCGCGAAAGAAGACGAUCAAAAUCCCCACGGAGGACAAGGGCCUCCACCAUACCCUAGUGGUCCUGGAGGUGGUCAACCGCAGCCUCAACCUUCCUAUCCAAGGCCUCAACCCCAACCUCAACCUCAUCCUCAUCCUCAGCCUGCUGGAUAUGGUGGAUAUCCUAGUGGAGGUGGUGGAUAUCCCAGUGGAGGUGGUGGAUAUCCCAGUGGCGGAUAUAAUGGAGGAUACCAAGGCGGCUAUCAAGGUGGAUACCAAGGGCCUACGCCUCAUACCACAGUUAUUGUUGAUCGAGGAGGCGGAGGAUACGGUGGAGGAGGUGGUUAUGGAGGCGGCAGUAGUUCCAGUGGUCCUGGCUUCGGUACAGGCUUACUAGCAGGAUCUCUUCUUGGAUACGGCAUGGGCUCCAUGUGGGGCGGCCAUAGUAGUUUAUUCGGUGGUGGUGGCGGUUUUGGAAGUCAUUUCGGUUCAUCGUAUGGCGGUGGCUACCCUUCGGGUGGAGGUUACUACUCGGAUAAUGACACUAAUGUCACAAAUAAUUAUUACUAUAAUAACGAUCCGAAUAAUCCAAGUAGUACAACAACCACAGAAAACAGAGAUACUACGAGCACAACGACGCCUGCCGUAGAGCCCGCGCAACCAGCCGCGGAAACAGCCACUGACACUCAGGAUACACAUACCAAUGACAAUUAUAAUGCCUACGACGAUAAUCAGUAUUCAAAUUCCAACAAUGGAGCUGGAGAUUACGAGGGCGACGGAGAGAGAUACGGCGAUGAUCAGAAUUAUGACGAUCAAAACUAUGAUUAUCAAGACAAUAAUGAUAACGGGGGUGAACCUGUUGGAGAUUAUUCUGGAUACGAUCCAUAUAGCUCAUAUGCUAAUAAUGACUAUGAUGGAUAUGGUGGUGGUGGCGACGACUAUGGCGGUGGCGACUAUGGAGGAGGUGACUUCGGAGGAGGUGACUUUGGCGGCGGAGAUGAUUAUGGAGGAGGAGAUUGGUGA